AUGGCGGCUGUGAAAUCAUCGUCUUCAUCGGUAUCAAACCCAGUUUCUGAUCAAUGUUCUGACCAAGAAAGCAGCAAAAAAUCUGAGCCAUUAAUUCCGGGGUUACCGGACGAGAUUGCCGAGCUCUGCCUUCUCUACCUUCCCUACCCCUACCAAGCUCUGGUGCGUUCGGUCUCUGCUUCGUGGAACAGAGCCAUCACAGACUCUAGCUUCGUUCGCUGCAAGAAAUCUCUGUCUCUUCCUCUGCCUUAUCUUUUCGUCUUCGCCUUCAACAAAUUGACGUCCAGGAUUCAGUGGCAGGCGCUGGACCCUCGAUCGGGCCGUUGGUUUGUUUUACCUCCCAUGCCGUGCCCCAGGGCCGCCUGCCCACCGGGCUUCGCAUGCACAUCACUGCCACGUCAGGGGAAGCUCGUUGUCUUGGGCGGCGUGCGGUCAGACUCAGAAUGUUCUACGCGCACCACCAUCGUGUACCGUACAUCUACAAAUCAAUGGUCAACAGCCGCUCCAAUGCGGACCCCACGAUCAUUUUUUGACGCGGGAAAUAUCAACGGUAAGAUCUUGGCAGUUGGCGGUGGUGAGGCCCGCAAUGGUGAUUUGACUAGGGCCGUAGACUGUUACGACCCUGAAAAUGACAUGUGGGUGGCGUCUGCCGCGCUGCCCACGAGUCUAGCCAAGUAUGACUCCAAUGUGGUGGGAAACAAGAUGUACGUCACGGAAGGGUGGAUGUGGCCGUUUAUGCUUUCUCCACGUGGCGUGGUCUAUGACCCGGACGAGGACACUUGGCAGGAGAUGAGGCGGGGGAUGAGGGACGGGUGGACGGGGGUUAGCGUGGUGGUGGGUGAGAGGUUGUUGGUCAUAUCGGAGUACGGGGAUUGUCCGAUGAAGGUGUACGAUCCAGAUGAGGACACAUGGCGGUAUGUGAGUGGGAACAAGUUCCCAUGUGAGGCACUGAGACGGCCUUUUGCUGCGAGCGGGGUGGAAGGGAACAUAUAUGUGGUGGCAUGUGGGUUGAAUGUGGGAAUAGGAAGGCUGUCUGAGUGUGGAGGAGGAAAGGGUGAGCUAAAAGUUGAGUGGCAGGUUGUGCCAGCUCCAAGUGCUUUUAGGGGCUUCUCUCCUUCUAGUUGUCAAGUGCUUUAUGCCUAA